GUAAAUCGUGUGACCUUCUAGUAAUUUGUGAAGUUUUUCUUUAACCGGCUGGAGAGGGUGCGGGUGGUGCAUUGCAUAAGGUUCUUUGUUCUGGGAUUUAUCAUAAAGGGAGGGAUCAUGGCUGAUGCGGAAAAGGGAAAAAAGGUUUUUGUGCAGAAGUGUGCGCAGUGUCACACGGUUGAGAAGGGAGGAAAGCACAAGGUCGGCCCAAACCUGUGGGGUCUGUUUGGGCGCAAGACGGGCCAGGCAGAAGGCUUUUCUUACACGGAGGCAAACAAGAACAAAGGCAUUGUGUGGGGUGAAGAUACCCUCAUGGAAUACCUGGAAAACCCGAAGAAAUAUAUUCCAGGAACCAAAAUGAUUUUUGCUGGCAUCAAGAAGAAGGGAGAGCGGGCUGAUCUAAUUGCAUAUUUGAAGAAGGCAACGUCUGAAUAGAAAAUGUUCAUCUUAAAUUAAUUGCAGUGUACAGUCAGCUUUGAUGUUAUGUCUUUGUUAGUGGACUAUAUUAAACUUUUUAAUCUCUAACAAUCA